AUGGCGGAGGCAAAGGUGGUGAAGGACUUGGCGGAGGUGUGUGCGAGUGGUGGGGAGACCUAUAGCGUAUGGACCACAGCAAAGGCUGUCGUCCAACGCCGCUAUCUCUCCACCAAAGCUCAGGGCACAUUCGAAGGCUGUGUUGAACUGCUUGUUUCCUUGGUAUGUGUGCUUCGGACGUACCUCCGCAUCGAUCUGGCGCAAGAGCUGCUCCGCGAUGUGCUCUUCCAGGCAGUCGAGCACUUCUCCGCAAAGAUGACUACAGGGGCCACAGCGGCUGUUGUGAGUGACAGCAGCGCGCCUCAGUCUUCAUUUGACCUAAUCACCGCUAACUUUCUACAAAGGGUGUUUGACGCGCUGCUUUCCGCCACUACGCGCACCUACACGCUGAGGGGACCGCUGCCGCUCGUCGUAGAGUGGAACAGGGAUGCAGCUGGCGAGGGUGUGGAUGUCUCUGUGGCGCAGUCGAAGUACGCCGCGUCAUGGGCGGAGGAUGUAGUUCUUGAAUUCGCCAUUCGCGCGGCGGACUUUCUUUCACAGCGUCCCCAGAGCGCUGCUGCACUGUCUCGCUGGGCGCAGAAUCUGUUUGUGUCAUACGAGCAGCUUCUCGCUCUGCGCCUGGCUCGCUCGUCAUCGCAGUCCUCCAUGCUGCGCGCCGGCGCCGCUACCCCGGCUAUAGCCCCCUCGCCGUCGGUGCCCAUCUCAACGCUGGCGGCGCAGCUGCUGCACACGAGCACCCUCAGUCCCGCCAGCCGAACUGGGGAAGUAUGCGCGCACAUCACCGGGGCAUCACCGACACCAGUGGUCGCUGCUGUGUACUGGCUCACCCACUUGGCACGUCAGCCAAACGAAGUCAACUGCCUCUUCGCUCAGUACGUGUACCUCGACAUUUUUGGCCGAGGCCUACCGAGACGCCCUGUGACUGCCGCUGCUCAAAGUAGGAAUGCCGCCCCCGCGACGCUGCUGCGUGAGCGCGUGAAUGCAGCGCUGGGGGAGAAGUGCGCGCUGACUCGUCGGGAGGCAAUCUUGAUGGCACGCGCUGCGGUCGAGGCGUACCGGCAGGCUUUUUCGCUUGCGCUGCAGCAGACCUCUUUGGCCAGCUCACGCCAGUUGUCCAGCUCUUCGGAAAAGAACAGAAGCGAGGACGCAACGGUCGAUCCCGAAUACGCACACCUCUAUGGCUGGACGUGGUUCCUCGACUCCCUGACGCUCACACUUGCAUACAGCGGCGCGCGCCGGAACAGCGAGAGCGCGGGCGCGGGUGACGAGGUCGCCGGUGCACUGCAGCGAGAGAAGCAGCAGCGCGUGUGCGCGCUGCUGCUCGGCACGUAUGCUGCCGUGACAGCGGAACUUCCGGAGCUAAACUGGAACAAGGUGGUGGCCGAAUACAUUGGCGCAUAA